AUGGAAAAAAUCUCUUCAGAUGCCAUAGAUGAAAAAUCUGAGAAUAAAAAUAUGUGUUUAGGAUUUCCUCAGUUACAGACUUGCGGAGGGUUAGAGCUUUUAAAAUGCAGACAGAAUUGUCGCGAGUUAAAAGUAGUUGACUGUGAAUGGAAUGCAAGGACUUUAAAGACUUUUUUGGGAAAUCAAGCAAAAAUUUAUGUAAGACCGAUUCAAAGAAGCUUGUCGACAGAUCUAGUAAAUGAACAUAACGAGCAGGAACACUCAAAAGUCAACUGUCGUCACUGCAGGAAAAUGCUUAGUGUUCGAGAACUUAGAGAACAUUUACAUACGUGUGAAAGCCGGGCAAAUCUAAUUAGUGAUAGUGAGGAUGAAUUACCUGACCCACACCUGACACAAGAUUUUCCCAAUAAAAAAUGUGACUUUAAAGAAGUGCUAGAUCAGAAAACUUUUCUUCGAGUUAAGGAUUUUGUCAAUGAUAUGAGUACAGAUUGUCCUGAACAAUUAAGACCUGGCCUUUUGACCAUUCCUGAGGAUACCAGUUCUUGUAAUUUAUCUGUUGAUGGGAGUGCUGUUCAAACUGAAUCAAAAGAGACAGUCAUUGAAAAUAUCACCACUGCUGAAAAUGAUAGUGAAGGAACCACAUCUGAUACUUGUGGAGGACCCAUGGACUUUGUCAUAGCCAAAGCCAUAGAUUUUUGUAUUUCCGAAAACAUCCAGGACCCUGUAGAAAUUCUGAGAUAUUUACAGUCUGUUAUUGUUUGUGGCAGACAAUUGGAAAUCACAGACACAACACAAUGUGAUGAAGGAGAAACAAAUUUUAUCAUAGUAGACAGAAAUAACAUAUUAGAGACAGGAUUCGAGGAAGUCAGUUCCAUAGAAAAUCUACGGAAGACACUUGAAGUGCAAUUUUAUGAUGAGACAGCCAUUGAUCAAGGAGGCCCGAGAAAAGAGUUUUUCUCGCUGAUUUUAUCAGCAAUAAAAGAAAAAUAUUUUGACAAAGGACUGCGGGAUUAUAUGCAUGCUGAUUAUACUGUUAUUGGAAAAAUCAUAGGUUUAAGUAUACUGCAGAAUGGACCUGUGCCAAAAUUUCUUGAUGAAAACAUUCUAAACAGGCUUUUUUUAAACAGUAAUUCUGAAGACUUUGAAUCAGCAUGUGUUCACAAUUUAAAGAAAGGUCUAGAUUGCCUUGGUCUGAUCAAGGUUGGCAGUGUUUUGCCAAUGUUCCGGCAUCUAUUUCGUCCAAGCUGUUGUACACUCACAAUCAAAGCUUUGAUACAGCUUUUGCGACCAAAAUUUUCAGAGGAGGGAUCAAACAAUAAAAGAUAUGAGAGUGCAGUAUAUACAGUAUUUCUGAAGUAUUUAAGAGCAGUUGCAAGUGGUAGAAGGGGAACUGUUAGUCUCAGGGAUGUUUUGCAGUUUGCUACUGGAGCGAAUGAAGAACCUGUUCUUGGAUUUGUCCUGCAUCCAUCCAUUGAAUUUGUUGAAAGCACACCUAGCACAUCUUUCAUUCCAACUGCAAGCACUUGUACCAACACCCUGAAUAUACCCAGGCCAUCUGCUGAAAUUCCACUCCCACCAGAAGAGAAUCUGUUCUCAUAUUAUGAUUAUGCAUUUUCAAAUGCAUAUUUUGGACUAAUGUAACGUUUAAGUCAUUAAGCGCAUUACAUAGCAGAACCAACCGGGUUAACACUUUGAUAGAAUAACUUUCUCUUAAAAUAUGAAAUACAUGUAAGGUCAAGAUUUUAUGAAAAUGUGAAUUUUGUCAUUAGAUCUCUUUAUUGCGGGGUUUUGAA